AGCUAGCUACUUACCAUCUGAUCUCUGGGGUUUGUGAAUUGCUGUGUUCAGCGGAGAAACAGAAGCAAACGACAAAACAAAAGCUUUCAAAUACAGGAUAUCUUUCUACCUCAGUUUUUGGUCUUUGGUGAUCAUUAACAAAAAAACAAAAUGAUGGGGCAGAUUGUUAACAUUUUGCAUGUAUUAAAGCCUGCAAUGUUGAUGGUGGUGGUUCAGGUUGUGUUUGCUGGGGUUAAUGUGCUGUAUAAAUUGGCUGCAAAUGAUGGAAUGAGCUUGAGGAUUAUCGUUGCUUAUAGGUUCAUAUUUGCCACGGCUGUCAUGAUCCCUCUUGCUCUCAUUCUUGAAAGGAAGAGGCCGAAACUGACAUGCACUGUACUGAUUCAAGCAUUCUUCUGUGGGUUACUCGGGGGCUCACUAUCUCAAAAUUUGUACAUAGAAAGCCUGACCUUAACAUCUGCAACAUUUGUUUCUGCCAUGACUAAUCUCAUUCCAGCCAUAACUUUCAUCAUGGCCAUCACUAUUGGAUUGGAAAAGCUAGCUUUUGGAACAAUGGCAGGGAAGGCAAAGGUGUUGGGAACAGUGAUUGGAAUCGGUGGGGCAAUGCUGCUCACGUUUUACAAAGGAUUCCAAAUUAAUAUGGGAUCGAACCAUCUUGACCUUCUACGUCAUGGGCGCCACGGGGCUUCAUCACAUGCAGGCUCUGCCCAUCAGCUAUUGGGCGCUUUGCUGGCUCUCGGCAGCUGUGUCGCUUACGCCCUGUGGUUGAACAUUCAGGCUAAGAUGAGUGAGAAAUACCCAUGUUAUUACUCAAGCACGGCAUUGAUAUGCGUAAUGGGAGCCAUCCAAGCCGUGGUCUUUGCACUUUGCACGGAAAAAGAUAUGAGUCAGUGGAAAUUAGGUUGGAAUAUCAGGCUUCUCACUGUUGCCUACGGGGGAAUAUUAGCAUCUGGUUUGAUCUUUAGCUUGAUCUCUUGGUGUGUGCGCAUGAGAGGUCCGCUUUAUGCAUCUGUUUUUAACCCUUUGAUGCUCGUCUUGGUAGCCUUUGCAGGCUCAUUGUUUCUUGAAGAAAAGCUCUAUCUUGGAAGCAUAAUAGGAGCGGUGCUAAUUGUGUUGGGGCUGUAUGUGGUGCUGUGGGGUAAAGGCGAGGAGAUGAAGAAGAUGAAUCAGUUAGUCCCCUCAGCAGGCUCCCCUCAAAAUGAACCCAUCGAGAUCAUUGUCACUUCUUCAGCUGAUAACACUUCCAAUAACAAUAAUGUUAUUGCUAGUAAAGAUUCACCAAAAAAGAAAAUGGGGAAGGUGAGCACGAUUUUACAAGGGUUAAAGCCUGCAAUGGUGAUGGUGGUGGUUCAAACCACAUUCGCUGGAAUGAAUCUGUUGUAUAAGUUGGCAGCAAAUGAUGGCAUGAGCUUGAGGAUUCUCACUGCCUAUAGAUUCGUCUUUGCAGUUCCUGCCAUGGUUCCUCUUGCUCUCCUUGUUGAAAGGAAGAGGCCAACACUGACUUGGGCCAUACUCUUCCAAGCAUUUCUUUGUGGGUUAUUUGGGGGAGCACUAUCGCAGAAUUUGUACAUAGCAAGCCUAGCUCUAACAUCUGCAACAUUUGUUUCUGCCAUGACCAAUCUCAUUCCAGUCACAACCUUCAUAUUUGCUGUUUCUCUUAGAAUGGAAAAGCUAGCUUUUGGAACAAUGGCAGGAAAGGCAAAAGUCCUUGGGACAUUAAUAGGAAUAGGAGGGGCAAUGCUUCUCACAUUUUACAAAGGAGUACAGAUCAAGAUGUGGUCAACUCAAAUUGACCUUGUGCAUCAUGGAGGCCAUGGGGCUUUCCAUUCAGCUUCUGCCCAUACUCUGUGGGGCGCCUUGCUGGCUUUUACCAGCUGCAUCACUUACACUUUGUGGUUGAUCGUUCAGGCUAAGAUGAGUAAAAAAUACCCAUGCCCUUACUCGACUACAGCUUUGAUGUGUGUAAUGGGAGCAAUACAAUCAAUUGUUUAUGCACUUUGCACAGAAAGAGAUUGGAGCCAGUGGAAACUAGGAUGGAAUAUUAGGCUUCUCACUGUUGCUUAUGCGGGAAUUGUAGUGUCUGGAUUGACAUGUGUUAUGGUCUGUUGGUGUGUCCGCAUCAAAGGCCCUCUCUAUGGAUCUAUUUUCAACCCUCUAAUGGUUGUUUUAGUUGCUUCGGUGGAGACUUUGUUUUUAGGAGCAAAGCUGUAUCUGGGAAGUAUAAUGGGAGCAGUGCUAAUAGUGCUGGGGCUGUAUGUUGUGCUUUGGGGUAAAGGCAAGGAGAUGGAGAAGGUAGCAGCGUCAAGCAAAGAAGGGCCAUCAACAAGAUCCCCCCCAGGUGAUGAAUCCACCGAGAUCACUGUCAACUCUCCAAAUGGCAACAGAUCUAAUAACAAUCAAAACAACGUGUAGACCCGCCAAGGUUUCACCUAGUGGAAAGGAAAUAUGAAGGUGACGGAAAGAUAAAAGGAGAAGCUAGCAGACAGAAACACAAGAACCUUGAAUGAACUUGUUAGAGUUCGUGGUUGACAAUCAAUAAUUGGUUCAGUCAAACUACAUCAAUUUUGGCAAUUUUUGAUUCAUUACAGAAAUCCUUAUGCCAUUGUAAGUAAUUUUAUCUUUAAAUAUCGUUUUCCUAUGCAAGAGCCAACAUUUGUUGGAGCUGUUACUGUAUUAGGAAAUUCAAAGUAGGCGGCUGCCACCGCUUGGGAAGGCCCGUGUGGGGCUUGGCCGCUAUCACUCACAUGGCAGAUAAGUAGUUCAAUGCAAUUUAAUGGGUAAAUUUCAAUCUGUCGCUUCUAUAAAUAAAAACAACCCCAAGAUUGAAACAAGCAUUCCUUCCUCAAUAUCCUGAUCACAAGGAAAAGAAAAACAAAGCACGGAAAGAAAAAAACGGUGAUGAUGAAGAAGAAGAUGAUAGUUGCAGUCCUUAUUUUCUGCAUCAUCACUUCACAAAUGGAAAACGUCGAGCCACAGGUUGACUGCUAUGACGCUUGUUCCACUGGCUGCGUACAGAGCAACACGAGGCUUAUGCAGCGUUGUGAACGAAAGUGCCAGAUAAAGUGCGGUCCAGAUUCCAAGCUAGAAGGGAACUUGGGUUAGCUCUUGGAACAUAAGGGGGCAUCGAGAGUGCAUCGAAUCAACAUGUAUUUUGAUCUUUAUCGACUUGAUGCCAUUGAAUAAAGCAUAAUGCUUCCAUGGAAGAAAUCAAGUUAGAUUAUGUACCCACAAGGAAAUAAAAAUUAACUCUUUUAAUUUA